AUGAACCCUAUCAAGACGGAGACGGUCGAGACAGAUGGGUUACCACCAGUGAUUGCAGGCAUCGUCGACGACGAAAAAAACGGCGCGAUACAAUCGACCUCCGGCGGUAGCGAGGCGCCAACUCCCGAAGUGAAGAUCAGACCUGAACGACAACCUAAUCUGAAGGACUACCUCCGCGUCUUCACAUAUGCCACGAAAUGGGACAUCUUUGCCUACUUCGCGGCCGGGCUCGCGUCGAUUGCUGCCGGAACUACUUUGCCACUGAUGAACAUCGUCUUUGGCCAGCUUGUAAACCAAGUCAAUGGCUUCGGUGUCGAUGGCGGCACAACGUCAGCAGACGAUUUCAGGAGGAUUGCGGACAGGCAAGCACUCUAUCUCUUCAUUCUGUUCAUAGCCCGCUUCGCUCUCAACUACAUCAACAAAUUUGGGUUUCGAAUGAUUGGAAUUCGCCUAUCUUCUGCAAUUCGCUUGCACUACCUUCGAUCCCUCUUCGGCCAGACCAUCCAUGUGCUUGAUUCGAUGCCGGCCGGCGCGGCAGCUACAACCAUCACCUCUACCGCAAAUACUCUUCAGAUUGGCAUUUCCGAAAAGCUUGGCGUCUUCCUUGAGUUCAACGGCACUAUCUGGACUGCCAUCAUAGUGGCAUUCGUAUACAGUUGGUCUCUGACUCUUGUUACGGCAUCAGUCAUCCUGUUCAUUCUUCUGGUCUUGGCAGUGCUGUUGCCUUUCAUCAUCAAAGGCCACAGCCAGAUGACCAAGGCGGAAGGAAAGGCUUCUGCUGUUGCCAGCGAGGCAUUCUCAAGCAUCCGAAUCGUUGCUGCUUGUGGAGCGGAAGACCGAGUUGCUGCUCGGUAUGCUCGCUGGGUUGAAGUUGCCCUUCAGAAGGGCCAAUUUACGGCCCCUCUGAUAGCUAUUCAAUUCGGCCUAAUCUUCUUCGCGCUGUUCGGCACCUUUGGACUGUCGUUCUGGUACGGCACACACUCUUGGGUGGAUGGACGGGUCAACAAUGUCGGCGAAGUCAUCAUUGUUCUUAUGUCAGUAAUGCUUGUCGUCAUGUCUCUCGAACGCCUUAGUACGCCUCUUCUUGCUAUAAGCAAGGCAAUGGUAGCAGCAUGCGAGUUCCUCACUAUCAUCGAUGCCCCCCUCCCGAAAACGGGCGAAUUAAAAGAUCCUCAGGUGUCCGCCAACCAGGACCUUGAAUUUAAGGGCGUCACCUUCGCGUACCCCAGCCGACCGCACGUCAAGGUCCUGGACGAUCUUGAUCUGACUAUAGAGGCUGGAAAAGUCACAGCCAUCGUUGGGCCAUCAGGUUCUGGUAAGAGUACCAUCGUUGGUCUGAUUGAACGAUGGUACACUCUGCAGGACCAGCAUGUCAUCGCCAAGACAGUCGAAAAGGACAAGAUGAAGGAAGCCCAGAAGAAGAAGAACAAGAAGAAAGGCAACGAGGACUCUGAUGUGGAUGACAUACCCGAACCUGAAGAGACUGGUCCAGCUAUCAAGCUUGAGGGCUCUGUUACCACGGCUGGCCAUUCUCUUGAAGACAUCAACUUGAAGUGGUGGCGAUCUCAAAUCGGCUUGGUACAGCAGGAGCCUUUCUUAUUCAAUGACACCAUCUUCAAGAACGUUGCCUAUGGUCUUAUUGGAUCACAAUGGGAGGACGCCUCAGAGGAGAAGAAAAGGGAACUUGUCAAGGAGGCCUGUCGGGAGUCAUUUGCAGACGAGUUCAUUGACCGCCUGCCCGAUGGAUACGACACUCGAGUCGGUGACAGCGGUGCAAAGCUCUCUGGCGGUCAGCGUCAGCGUAUCGCUAUUGCUCGAAGCAUAGUCCGGAAGCCAAAAAUUGUCAUCUUGGAUGAAGCUACUAGCGCCAUUGAUGUCCGUGGCGAGAGAAUUGUCCAAGCUGCUCUCGACAAGGUCUCCAAAAAUCGAACAACAAUCACCAUUGCUCACCGUCUUUCAACCAUCAAGAAGGCCGACCGAAUUGUUGUCUUAAAGAAAGGAAAGGUGGUUGAGCAGGGCACUCACGAAAGUCUUCUGGAAAACGACGAAGGCGUCUACUACGGAUUGGUCCACGCUCAGCAGCUUUCGCUUGGAGACCAAACGGAAGAUGGCGACGAAGACAACAAGCAAGAAGAUUUGGGUGCAGUCCUUAACCGAGAGAAGAGUGCCGCGAAGUCCGAGGUUGGAAGCACUAGCCAUAAGGCCGAGGCUAGGAACCGCAACCUCUUCCAAAGUUUUGGACGCUUGCUUUACGAGCAGCGGGAUCGCUGGCUUCUCUGCGCUCUAACCGUGGUCUUUGCAGCUUGCGCUGCGGCUGGAACCCCUCUGCAAGCCUGGCUCUUUGCCAAGGUCAUUGUGGUGUUCAAUCCUGAAAACACUCCCGACAAGAUCCGUAGCGACAGCAACUUUUGGUCUAUGAUCUGGGCGGUCCUGGCCGUUGGCAUCGGCCUUUCGUACUUCUUCAUGGGACUCGCCGCGACACAUUUGGCAAACUUCAUAUGCGCGGCCUACAGACAGCAGUACUUCGAGGCCAUUCUUUUCCAGAAAACAUCAUUUUUCGACGAGGAAGAAAAUGCACACGGCAGCCUAACCGCCAGGGUGGCAGGCGAUCCCAAACAGCUGGAAGAGCUCCUCGGUCUGAACAUGGCCAUGGUUUAUACGGCGAUCUUUACUCUGGUUGGCGCCAUUGCUAUUGCUUUUGCUUUUGGGUGGAAGCUAGCCUUGGUUGCCCUUUGCGUCACAAUGCCCAUCGGUAUCUUGUCUGCCUACCUCCGUUUCAAGUAUGAAAUCGAGUUCGAUAAGAUGAACGCGGCUGUUUUCGCCGAAAGCUCCAAGUUCGCUGCCGAAUCCAUCGGAGCGUUCCGAACCGUGUCGGCACUGACCUUGGAGGACACGACGUGCGCGCGGUACGACAACUUGCUCAAGGGUCAUGUCAGUCAUGCUUUCAAAAAAGCCAGGUGGACUAGUUUCGUCUUCGGCUUCUCAGAUUCGGUUUCCAUGGCCUGCCAGGCUCUUAUUUUCUGGUACGGCAGUCGGCUGCUGGUCUCCGGAGAAUACAGCUCUCAGGCCUUCUUCGUUUCCUUCAUGGCAGUAAUACAGGGUGCUGAGGCUGCAGGCCAGGGUCUCAGUUUUGGGCCCAACGCUGCCCAGGUUACAGGAGCCUCGAACCGGAUCAUCAACAUGCGGGACUCUAGGAACCAGGACCUCAUUCCGGCUACGGAAACCAUCCCGGACACCGAGGGUGGCGUUCAGAUAGAAUUGCGCGACGUCCAUUUCAAAUACCCAACUCGCGAUGUCUCUGUCUUCAAGGGGCUCAACCUGACAGUUGAAAAGGGGCAAUUCGCUGCCCUCGUCGGGGCAUCUGGCUGUGGCAAGACAAGCAUCAUUUCUCUCAUGGAGCGUUUUUACGACGUGCAGAAGGGCGCCAUCCUCUGCAACGGCAAGAACAUCAACGACGUUAACGUCUACGAGUACCGGAAGCAGCUGUCGUUAGUAGCCCAGGAGCCUACCCUGUUUCAAGGCACGAUCAGGGAGAAUAUUCUCCUUGGAGUGGACGACAAGAGUGUAACGGAUGAACAACUACACCGGGUAUGCCAGGAUGCUUCUAUUCACGACUUCAUUGUCUCCCUUCCCGAGGGAUACAACACCGAUAUUGGCAGUCGAGGCGUUUCUCUGUCUGGUGGCCAGAAGCAGCGUGUGGCUAUUGCCCGUGCGCUCAUCAGAAACCCGCGUAUUCUUCUACUUGACGAGGCUACAAGCUCCCUUGACUCUGAAUCCGAGAAGUUGGUCCAGGCUGCCUUUGAGAGAGCAGGAAAGGGUCGCACCAUGUUGGUAGUCGCGCAUCGUCUCGCAACGGUGCAGAACGCAGACAUCAUCUUCGUCCUGGGAGAGGGCAAGCUGCUGGAGAAGGGCAGCCACACCGAGUUACUGAAGAAGAAGGGAGUGUACUGGCACAUGUGUCACAGCCAGGCGCUUGACCGGUAA